UCCCCCCCCCAUCGGCCUCAUCCACCAUCAAUCUACCCGCCACCCCCGCCUCCCUCUGGACCGUGGGCCACCCCUCCCCCUCCCCUCUCCCUCCCGCGCGUCGACGCCCGUCCUCGCCGCCGCCCCUGCUCCCCAACCCCCGCCAUUCACCAGCGCCCCCAAAGUCCGAGCGAGACAGACGGGGGAGCGGGAGAGGGAGGGGAGAGCGGCGGCGAGCAGCCAGCUCCGACCCCGCAGGCCCGGUCGCCGGCGGCCGUGCCCCGCCGUCCCCCGUCCCGCUGGCCGGCGGGCCCCGCCUCCUCGCCUCCGGGAGCUGCUGCUGCUGCUGAUAGUACUGUGUGGUAGUCACAUAGUUGCCCUAUUUCUCCUCUCUGCAAACAUAUGUGAUAAUGGACAACCUUGGACAUAGGGAAAAUGGGAGGCAAAGGCCAGACCCAUAUAAAGCACUUCAUACUCAGUGGAUGAUGCCCCAAAGGCAAAUGAAAGACCACCACAGCAUGAACCUCCUAGCACUAAUGAGUGAGAGGGACACCGCCAUCAUGGAGAGAGACCAUGCUCUGGCUGAGAAGAAAGCUGCCAUGGCUGAGAGAGACAUGGCGUUUGCCCAGCGGGACUCUGCAAUGGCUGAACGGAAUGCUGCAAUCGUCGAACGAGACAAUGCCCUUGCCGCACUUGAACUAGCCCGUACAAAUGGAUUUAAUAUGAAUAAUGGGACCGGAUUCAACCCAGGAUCUCUCAAUGGAGCAAAGAACUUCCACCACCAGGACCAGCAGCCCCAUGCUCAAUCAUCGCCACUGCAACUGGCAGAUUCUCCAUAUGACCAUGCGAGGGAAAUGCACAUAUCAGACGCAUACCCGAUCUCAACAGCCCCGGUGAGUGCUGCUGGAAAGGCAAAGAAGCCCAAGAAGAACAGUUCCCAAGCAUCUCCACUGAAGAGGCCGUCAGGCGUGCUCCGGAAAACCAAGAAAGCCGGCGGUGACUGGAGAGACGCCGGAAUGUCUGGUGUCGGGGAGGAUCCAGCUCGCGCCGCUUCUGAGAUGAAGAACGAGUGGAAGGACCAGGACCUUGGCCUGAACCAGGUCUCGUUCGACGAGUCGUCCAUGCCUGCGCCUGCCUGCUCGUGCACGGGGGUCCUCCGGCAGUGCUACAAGUGGGGCAACGGCGGGUGGCAGUCGUCCUGCUGCACCAUGAGCAUGUCCAUGUACCCGCUCCCGGUGAUGCCCAACAAGCGCCACGCGCGCAUGGGCGGACGGAAGAUGAGCGGCAGCGCGUUCACCAAGCUGCUCAGCCGACUAGCGGCUGAGGGCCACGAUCUCUCGGCGUCGGUGGACCUCAAGGACCACUGGGCCAAGCAUGGCACAAACAGGUACAUCACCAUCCGGUAGCUCUGCUGCUUCUGUUCAACAUGUAAGGAGGGGUAUGCGGCAAAGGUCCUAUAAUCUCCUUGCUGGGGUUGGACGGGUCAUCAUCUCUGUAAUGUCAUUGAGGGAUGUAGGCUAGAAUUCUGUGUAGGUCCUCCUCCCUUUCUGAACCCCGAGUCGCGCUGGACAGUGGAAAUGUAAUUUUAGCAACCCCAGGUAUUCGUCGUCGAUUCACUGUAUAGUUUUGACUACUAGAUUUAAUUGGCAGUAGGCGUUUCUUGCU